AUGGAUCACGGCUCGAUGAGCAGCUCCACGGCCGACUGCAAGAUGUCGAUGCUGUGGAACUGGUACACCAUUGAUGCUUGUUUUCUCUCCGAAACGUGGCAGAUAAAAAACGGCGGCAUGUUCGCCGCCAGCUGCAUCGGUGUUAGUCUGCUCACUGUAUUCCUCGAAGUCUUCCGCCGUCUCGGGAAGGAAUAUGACGCUCUUAUCCAGCGCCAGUUCCAAGCCCGUGCCGCCGAACUCCAGGCUCGCAUACCGAAGGAAACCAACUGCUGCGAAACCCAGGCCGUCGUUGCGCCGCAAACCCUCGUCUUCCGUGCAUCGCCUCUGCAGCAGUUCAUCCGGUCCAUAAUCCACGCUGCUACGUUCGGUCUCGCAUACAUUGUCAUGUUGCUGGCCAUGUACUACAACGGGUAUCUCAUCAUAUCCAUCAUCAUUGGGGCUGGCCUCGGCAAGUUUCUAUGCGACUGGCUCGUCGUCCGUGUCGUCUUGGAAGCCCCCGCAGCAUCAACCUCUACUGCUGUUGGCAUUGAGGAACCGAGUGUGUGCUGCGGUUGA